AUGCCACGUUCCGUUCAACACUGGCCGGGGGGAAUUCCCGGUUCCGUCAAACCACACCCAGAAACGGAUUUAACUUUGGACCAGAUCAAGGAGGAAGUUAAGGGCUGGCUGCUCUUUGUACAGGAAAAUUGGGUUCCUGCAGCUAACACUGGUGCUUCCAACGACGGAGAAUAUGAGCUGCAUCAAAGGCGGCUCCUUAUUGAAAAAUGGGCAUCGGCCACACAGGAACUUCGUGAUUCAUACCAAUCGCGUGCGCCUAUGCCUGAAGGUCUCCAGUAUCCAACCGAAGCAUUGGCACAUAUCUACGAUACUCUUCAGCCAGGCGAUACUAACGGCCUAAUUUCUAUCGCCCCUGUCGACGAGGCCUAUGCUACCAAUCGGGCGCGAUGGGUUAAAUUCGCUAUACUGUUAUAUAACUAUGAUUUCGACACUGGGCACUGUCUCGAUAAUUGUAUACCCUCAGAGGCUAUCUUGAACCCAGAAACUACCACUAAUCCUUCGAUAGAGGAUUUUCUAUCCUGGCAGGAUUUGGAGACCGCAAACUUCAAUGUUUAUCUCACACGUACUGGUACCGUACUCAACUAUGGGUAUACAGGCCCAUAUAUACUAGUUGAUGAAGAGGGUCUGAGAACUGGUCGUUUGACAAUGGUCGAGUAUGAAAUAAAUGGGACUGUGAAGGAUUCUCUUCACAUCCGCCCGUUUAAUAUGCGAAUGCCAUACAUAUACGCUUCGACGCUUGGGAAGGGCCUGGAUGAGAUCCGUCAUGUUCCGGGUGGCUAUACACACCAAAAUCUGCCACUUAACAUGGACCUACCGAUCAUCGAUAUUCUCUGUCAAGCUAAAGCUGCUGACCAACUACCACAGACGAUGAACCUGUCUUACCGAGAGCAAUGGAUGGAGGACGUCGAGCUUUAUGCUCCGGGCUAUCUGGCCCUCGAGGCAGAAGGGCGUGCGGGAGAGUAUUCCCUACACCGUCUCACUAGACCAGACUCCGUCGGGACAACCAAAAAACAGAUUUGGAACAGGCUGCGGGCCGACCCGAAUCUCUUUGCCCCCAAUUUCCAAUUCCUAGGCUAG